UUUACAGGUUAGGUUUAUAUCGCCUGUAUCUGUUGAUAUCUGAAAAAACGUCAACAACGCAUUCCGAUUGGUCUUUAAUUUGGGACUGCCCACAACCCCAGACCUAGUGCGAUUUUUAAAAAGGUUUCUGUAAACUAUAGCGAUUCUGACAUAGUUAUAUGUAGCACGCCGAUAAACAUAAUUAUAUUUAAAUUUUCUUAUGCCAAAUAGUAUAUAUACUACACACAAGUUGUUUGAUUUGGCAGGAAAGUUUUUGGUUGCUUGGUUUCCAUAGUUAUAAAGCGAUGUCAACAUCCACCAUGUACUGUUUUACCACCGAUCGAAGCCGUACCCGCAGGAUCUGGAUGUCGCUUUAUAACUUCGGAAACAAGAUUACUGAGUUCUCAAUUUUACAAAAUUACUAGUUUCAGACAGGAAGAUUUAAUAUAUAAUUAUAAUCAUCGGAUUAGCAUGUGAGUGCUCCAAAUGACUGUUAUAACUUAUAAUCAUCUGAAUUUAAGAGACAUAAACAUACAAUGCCCAUAUAGUAAACUAUAGCCUGCGCAAUAAAAUAUAUGUGCACUCGGAAAAAAGUUGUACUCCAUUAGACCUUUACUCGGAAUAAGCGUAUUGUUCUUGCAAUGAAAGGUGUGCAAUCAAGACAAAAUCAAAUGAGGGAAGAAUUCGACAGGUGAUUACACUAACUUUCAUGUCUGAAUGUCGUGGCGUAUAUGACAUUUGCACAAUUAUCGUGAAGGGGCGCUACAGACACUACCACCUUAUAUUUACAGGAUCAUUUCUCGUGACUCUGGGUGUGAAUGUGAAAAGAGUAUACCUGGCAGCCGGCCAUCUCCUUCAUAGGACAGGUACAAAGAGACCGUAACAAGCGAAGCCCACGUGUCUCACAAAGUGCUGCACCAGACAUCAAAACGUUAUUUUUGAGUGUGGCUGGAAACUAGAACUGAAUGAAUCGUCUGCCUUUUAUGCACAACUGCCAUUGACAGACCCAACCGUCACCUUUUACAAACUUGCCGCUCACCAUUCACCCCAUGAGGUCAUACUUCCACCCUCAAACAACAAGACUGCAUUGAAAUAAGCAUGAGCAGGACAGCUCAGAAAACUGAGGUCCUACCUUUGCCUCACCAGUUUCCACACCGUCCCACAACAGCAGACGAGGCGGACAGACUGCCAGUGCCUCGCUGGCCACCAGGGACACGACAUGCAGGUAAAGAAGGCCUCAUCACGCGAGGGUUUCAUUUUGCUGUGUGCAGCAGCAUGCACACGUGACGUAGACCACACGCAUAGCAAGAGUGUACCUCUAUAAACCUCUCCUAGUGAGCCUACGGACCUCGUUCCUUCACAACCACUCUUCAAGAUAGAGUCGCUGUAGCAUCACUUGUGCGACGCUGUCGGGGAUGGAGAGGACGCCAUCCUACCUUUGUGUCGGUUACAGGUAACACAUGGGCCAGACAAACUGCGUCUUAUUGUUUUGUCUCAUUAAGACAUUAUAUCAUAAUGUAUGGAAAACCAUACUCACGUGACGAGUUCUUGCCUAUAUAAGGCAAUUUUCUCACUGCCAGCAUGAAUUUUCUCUCUCAGCUUUACGAAAACAAGAGUACCUAUCCCCACUCACUUAAUUUCUAUCUAAAGCCCGAUCAUUUUUCCCCUGACUCUUUGACCUCCCGGCCAAGACGACAUCGCCUACUGAUCGGUAAUGUAGCUGACAACGAAGAACUGAUUCCUGACCCCGAGGUCAGCUCGAGACACUACCAUCACCUCCCGUCCAAUGACAUCUGCCUCAAAGAUCUCGACGACUCCUCCAGCCUCCCAGCGUUACCUCGCAACAGUGUCGCCAGCUGCAACCGUCACAGCGUCAACGACACUAGCAGUGCGGUCGGAGUGUCUGAGGCUGAGGAGCCACUGUUGGUAGACGAGAAGGUGGACAGGAAAGUGGACAAGAAGCUUUCGUCAGGGUUGACGAGCCUUAGGUCUAGAUACUCGUCCCAAGUGCUAGGUGUGCAGCACGACUGCCAGCGCGAGGGCUGCCAACGUAUCACCAUCAACAUCAGCGGUCUCCGAUUCGAAACCCAGCUGCGCACGCUGGACCGGCUGCCCAACACGUUGCUAGGCGACCCCGAGAAAAGGCGGCGAUACUGGGACGAAGAGCGACAAGAAUUUUUCUUUGAUCGGCAUCGUCCGUCCUUCCAGGCUGUCCUGUACUUCUACCAGUCGGGCGGCCGCCUCACGAGACCGGUGGAGGUUCCGGUGGACAUUUUUCUCAACGAGCUGCAGUUCUAUGAACUGGGAGAUGCAGUCGUCGACGCUUUCAAGAGAAGAGAGGGCUACAUUGUUGAGUCGCCGCCUGUGUUGCCAAUAAACCCCAUCUUGUGCAAGAUCUGGACUGCACUGGAGUACCCUGACUCUUCGCUCGUUGCCAGAGUUAUUGCUGUGCUUUCUGUCCUAUUUAUCGUCAUGUCUACUAUCACCUUCUGCAUCGAGACCCUGCCUGCUUUUCAGGAGAGUGGUUGUGUCAGGAUCACAGGCGCUAACGGGACGCAACAAGUGCCCAACUUGGGCGACCCCCUGUUUCUGACAGAAUCCUGCUGCAUCUUGUGGUUUGUGCUGGAAUUCGCCCUCAGGUUCGUCACCAGCCCCUCGAAGCUACACUUUCUAAUUUCAGCCGUCACCUGGAUCGACGUGGCGACCAUCUUCCCCUACUUCGUCUUCGUAUUUGUCACUAUGGUAACCGGCGCGUGUCAGAACUCACAUGGAAGCUCUUUCCUGUCUGCGUUGCGCGUGCUGCGUGUCGUGCGCAUCCUCAAGUUGUCCAAACAUUCACAAGGCCUCAAGAUCCUGGGCAUGACCUUCAGAACAUCCCUGCGUGAACUUUUCAUGUUUGCCAUCUUUCUGGGCAUCGCGACUCUCAUCUACUCUGCUGGUGUGUAUUACGCGGAGAAGGACGAGCGUCACUCACAGUUCUCGUCCAUUCCUGACGCCUUCUGGUGGGCCAUCGUCACCAUGACAACCGUAGGCUACGGCGACUUUGUACCUGUGGGACCGCUGGGAAAAAUACUGGGCAGCUUCUGCGCGCUGUCUGGUGUGCUGGCCAUCGCCCUGCCCGUGCCUGUCAUCGUCGCAAACUUCAACAACUACUACUGUCACUAUGCAGGUACUCGCGAGUUUUAGGAAAAGUCUGGGUAGUGUGGCUUCUGAUAGUUUUACUUUAGCAACUAUGGUGUCCAAUAAUGUUUGCUAUGACUCUCUUCUUGUACUAUUUGUAGUAAUGCUAGGUAUAUGUGCAGACAUGAGCACAGCGUGUAGAGCCAGCCCGUUGAAGAUGGUGACAGGAAACUUGAAGCCCAGGACAACAGUUGACCGAUUAGGUGUCUGCAAUGACGUCAAACACCGGUUGUAAUUUCCUUCCGUGAUUGUUGGUAAUCUCGUUUCCAGAGAUGUUCCAUCCCAAGACUGGGGUGUAAGCGAGUGUCAGCUGACCUGCCUCGUAUCAAGUAGAAGUAUUCCCAGCCUGCAAGAACUCUUGGGUCCCUCAUGGGACCUCUUCGGGAAG